UCUAUGGUGGUGCCUCCGGGGCAGCACGGAGAGCUGGGGAUUAAUGAACAUACCUAGUUUCCCAGGGUAGGUUCGUUUAACCUGCAGAGACGCAAUUGCCAUGGCUCUACAAGAAACACGUAGAAACUUGCUGAAAUAUGUAAAGUGACAGUCUGAACAAACGGAUUUUCAUGAGAGAAGAUACAUAAGAACGAGAAUCAAGAGAUUGCUGCCACCCGGCCAUCUGACGUCCCGUAGGCUGGCACGCCAUCUCACAUCUCACUGUUGUCAAAAGCGGCGUCUUCGCUAAAAAAAAAAAGAAGAAAAAAAAGUUGCGUCAUCUGUCCUGAGGCAGACUGGGGCAGAGUUUCUAGGACAACCCCUCCGAGGAGAGCGAAACAUGCAUUUCCCGCUGAUCAGCUGAGCUAAAGCGCCUGUAAUGAGGAGACGCUGAACGCAUACGCUGCACAGGAGCCGCAGCCCAGCCGCCGCGUUGAUCACAGAGGAGACAGAGAGACUGCGAACGGUGAAUGGAAAGAAGUGAGGGAGAGAAUCCUGCCUCAGUGCACCGAAGGGAAAUACAGUAAAUCAGAAAAGAAAUCAUCAUUAUCUUAAAAACUAGAGAGGCAACCAGGAGAAAAAAAAACGAACUUGAUCAUCACGCGUAGUAAAUCUCGCCCGGCGGACAGCAACUUAGUUAAAUACAAUCAGCAAACAACUGCUGGAUAAGCACAGUAACCCUGCCCAUCAGGCUGGAGUGCAUUGUGAGAAGGAACCCCAGUCUACUCCAGCCCUUCUCCUCCUCCUCCUCCACCAUGCAUAUGAACAGCCUGCUGAAUCAGUGCAUUGAUAUUCCAGCGAUGUGUGAGACGGGGAUCGUCUCUUCGGAGCCGACAAGUCCUACUCAGUUCUACGGGGAAUCCUCCGACACCUAUUAUCAUGUGGACCGCUGGCAAAAACUCCGGACCGCCGUCCGGAAGCUGGAGUUCUGGGAGAACUUCAGUGCCGAGCUGAUCGGGAGCGGCUUCUUCUCCAAAGUGUACAAGGUGAUUCACAACACCACGCGUAAAGUGAUGGUUGUGAAGAUCUACAAGAAGGACGUGGACCAGGACACCAUAGUCCGAGAGAUCAGCCUCCUGCAGAAGCUGUCUCACCCCAACAUAGUCAGAUAUCUGGGCAUCUGUGUGAAAGAAGACAAGCUAUACCCAAUCCUGGAGUAUGUAAACGGAGGCUGUCUGGAGGAGCUCCUCGCCACUAAAGAGAUCUCGCUGUCCUGGAGAGAGAAGGUGGACCUGGCCUCUGACAUCACCAGAGGAAUGAUCUACCUGCACUCCAAGAACAUCUACCACCGGGACCUCAACUCCAAGAACUGCCUGAUCCGUGUGACUCCGCGGGGGAGGGAGGCCCUGGUCACUGACUUCGGGCUGGCCCGGGAGGUGGUGGAGCCGCCGGUGAAGGACCCCGAGAGGAAGCUGUCUCUGGUGGGCUCCGCGUUCUGGAUGGCCCCUGAAAUGCUGCGAGGAGAGCCGUAUGACAGGAAGGUGGAUGUGUUCUCAUUCGGGAUCGUCCUGUGUGAGAUACUGGGGAGGAUCACGGCUGAUCCCGAGGUGCUGCCCAGGACGCAGGACUAUGGGUUGAACGUGGCAGCUUUCCAGGAGUUGGUGAGCGAGUGUCCUCAAAGAGUGCUGGAGCUGGCCAACAGCUGCUGCAGGAUGGAAGCGUUUAAAAGGCCGUCUUUCACAGAGCUGCUGGAUGAGCUGGAGGAGGCUAUGGAAGGCCUGGAGCCCAGCAAAGUCAGCCAGGUAACCCAGGCAACCCAGGGGACCCAGGUAACCCAGGCGACAGGGUGAAGCUGACCCCGGCACUGCCUGAGCAGUGCGACACAAUACAAGACAAUAAACCACAGCCUCAGUGUUAAAGGGGUCUCCUCCACCCAGGAUCUGUUCAUAAAGAAGACGGUGUUAUACUGAAAUUCAAUCCGUACCGUUUGCAACCGCGAGCAGCAUUUCGCAAGACUGCCCCCCAUCAUGUGUGUGUGUGAAGCUGAACGAGCAAGUCAGCAGACCUGGUCCGGGUUUACAGCUCCAGUGUAGCGGCUUCUUGCUGCACUUCAUUUCCUUCCGGUGCACUUUACUUCUGUCCUGCACAGCGUUUAGCUGGGUGGCAACUGCCUUAACAAUACGACCCAACAUCAGAGUGAGCCCCUGCCCUCUCAGCCAGUACCGCUCUCCAGCAACAGAUAUUACCAUAUUCCUAUAGAGUAUACUAAAAAGAACCUUAAAGACUCCACAACCCCCCCUGCUGGGAGAGUCGGGAUCUACAGUGAAUAAGUGAAGGGCCCUUAUACAGUCCAAUACUGUUCUUGUACAAUGCAUGUCAACAUGGUGUGACCAUGAAUUGACCAAAUGAGUGCGUUAUCACAUGAGGAAACAUCAAGGGAGCACUGUAUUGCAUGUGUGCCACAGAGGCACACACUUUCCAUUGUAAAGACUUGUUAAAAUCUUAAAUCUGCUGAUAAAAUCUAAAUAUUUAAGCUAUGUAUUUUUCAAACAGGAAUGCAUUGCAGUACGUGUCUGUGUGUGUGCGUGCCAUUUUCAGAUUGUUAAAUGCCUGAUGUGCCUCGAUUUACUGAAACAUUUUCCACCUGCGCUCAAACAAACAGCAGCCGUGGCACGGCCACUUCACUGAACAGAACAAUGAACGUGUCCCUCUCUCUCUGCGCCUCAAAUGCAAAGCAUGCAGACACAUCUCUCCAAGGUACCUGCUGAGCAAUCACGUUGUGCAAUUUAAAAUCUGACCUAUUUACACAAUGAUUAGCGAAAUAAUAUGGCAGCAUCUUCAUAAUGAUCGGCAAUACCCUGCUAGUGUGUGGAAGCUUUCAACAAUACAAUAAAACACAGUGCGACCUAGUAUUGCGUUUUCCUGGAGAGGAGACAGCAAUCCCCAGAUCCCAUGUCAGGGAAGCAGAGGACUCAGCUUGCUGCUUUAUAAAAAUCUUCAUACUGCCCAUGGCUAAUGGAAGGAAACGGCAACCUCGCUCUCUGUCUUUAAGCCCAGGAUCAUUAACUUCAAUAGAGAGUCCGAUAUCCACAUUAUCUGAUGUGUGGCUCGUUGUCCAAACCCCUCGUGUAGUAUUUAGAUAUACAGUAAGAAGUCAUUCAUGCAAUUAGCUGUUACGAGCUACAAUUACCAUCCCUGUAUUUUCUCAGCAGGGUGAUAAGUAUGUUGGUUCAUGCAGUUAAAGUAUAUUGUAUAUUAUUGAUAACCGCAGUAGUUAACCCUAUAGUCAUCUGUAUGUUCAUGUUCCACUGCCUGACGCGAUUGUACAUAGCUGUAAAUAACUGUUGUACAUACUUGGUAAAGCCUGUAGGAUUUCUGUUUGAUACUCGCUGUAGCCGUUAUUUAAACUGCAGUUUCAAUGCAGACACACGGAGUGUCCUUUUAAAAGGUUUAUUUUUCAUUUGCAACAAUUUUGUGAAACGUUCAGGACAGCUUGUUGAAUAUCCGUGAUAGCGAGGGGCUUGCUGUCUGGGUUUGUAGCCCCUGGUCUAUGUUCUGUGUGUACGUGGGUUUGAUAUAACCUGAAAGCAAUUGUUUUAAGACUUCUCCUAAAUGCUUGCUCAUAAAUAUUUUUAUUAUUGUGUGUUUUUGAUUGUAGUUUUUACAAGAAAACUAAAACUGACUAACAGUUAACAUGGGCACAGCCAAUGGAUUUGCGUGGUAUAUAUUGAUAUAUGUAUGUAUGGGAAUAACAGUAAAGUCAUGUGAUCUGCAAAUAAAUACGUUUUGCACUUAA